AUGUCACAAUUUUUAAGGUUCAGGAGCUUUCCCUUUCUUUCUCACUCUCACUCUCGCUUUCAUUCUUCCUUUCACAAUGUUGAUGAUGCUGUCCCCUUUCUUUCUCACUCUCACUCUCACUCUCACUCUCACUCUCGCUUUCAUUCUUCCUUUCACAAUCCUGGUGAUGCCGUCUCACACUUCAAUCGCUUACUCCAAAUGCAACCUACCCCACCCAUUUUCGAAUUCGGUAAGAUUUUAACUUCCCUCGUUAAGACCAAGCAUUACUCCACCGCUAUAUCGCUUUCUCGCCAAAUGGAGAUCACUGGAAUUACGCCCAGCCUUGUCACUCUCAAUAUCCUCAUCAAUUGCCACUGCUACCUAGGUCAAACCACUUCCGCAUUUUCUGUAUUGGCCAACAUUCUCAAGAGGGGUUUUCAGCCAACUACCAUCACCUUCAAUACUCUCAUCAAAGGUCUCUGUCUUCACGGCAAGCUCCCCAAAGCACUGCAAUUUCAUGAUGACGUGCUAGCUCAGGGAUUUCGGUUGAACCAAGUCAGUUAUGGAACCUUGAUCAAUGGCCUAUGUAAAAUGGGGGAAACAAGAGCUGCUUUGGAGUUGCUUAGGCGGAUUCAAGGGCGAGGGAUUAAACCUGAUGUGGUAAUGUACAACAUCAUCAUUGAUAGCCUGUGUAAAGAUAAACUUGUAAGUCAUGCUUGCAAUUUAUUUUCUGAAAUGAUUGUCAAGGGAAUAUCUCCUAAUGUAGUCACGUACAAUGCUUUAAUAUAUGGCUUUUGCAUUGUUGGUCAAUUGAAACAAGCAAUUGCUUUGUUAGAUGAAAUGGGAUUGAAAAACAUAGACCCGAAUGUUUAUACUUUUAGUAUAUUGGUUGAUGCUUUAUGCAAGGAAGGAAAGGUGAAAGAAGCUAAAAAUGUGUUAGCUGUGAUGAUUAAACAAGGUCUGAAACCUAAUGUUGUUACUUAUAGUUCCUUGAUGGAUGGGUAUUGCCUAGUUAAUGAAGUGAAUAAAGCCCGGGAUAACUACUCUAUUAUGAUUAAUGGAUUGUGUAAGAUUAAAAUGGUGGAUGAAGCCUUGAAUCUCCUUGCAGAAAUGGAUUGCAAAAUGAUUAUUCCUGAUAUAGUGACUUACAAUUCUCUUAUUGAUGGUUUAUGCAAAUCGGGGAGAGUCUCUCAUGCUUGGAAGCUUCUUGAUGAGAUGCAUGUUAGAGGUCAACCAGCCAAUAUAAUCACCUACAGUUCUUUAUUGGACGCUUUAUGCAAAAGCCAACAUGUUGACCAAGCCAUUGCACUAAUCAAGAAAGUUAAAGACCAGGGUAUUCAGCCCGAUGUGUGGACGUACAAUAUACUUCUGGGUGGACUGUGCAAAGGUGGAAGAUUGAAGGAUGCACAAGAGAUUUUUCAGGAUCUUUUGAGAAAAGGCUAUCAUAUAGAUGUCCAUACAUAUACCAUUAUGAUCAAUGGGCUUUGUAAAGAAGGUUUGUUUGAUGAAGCGUUGGCCUUACUGUCAAAAAUGGAAAAUGAGGGAUGUAUUCCAAAUGCUAUAACUUUUGAAACAAUUAUUCAUUCACUCUUUGAAAAAGGUGAGAAUGACAAGGCUGAGAAACUUCUUCGUGAAAUGAGUGCUAGAGGUUUACUUGUUUGUUUAUUUGUUUCAUUCAGAAGUUGUGGGUUAUGGUGGGAGAGGUCUGGACUCUCGAAUUCCAGAACUAGGAGAGGCUGGCUCUCGAAAACCAGUGCUUGUACAAUUAUUCUAUAA